AUGAGCGAAGCCCGCGGCGAAGACUCGACUCGCACUGCAGCAAGCACAGGAAAGAAGAAGAAAUUACACGGCCGAGAAUUCUAUGAGAGUAUAGGCAGUCCCAAGGUCAUUCUUGCCCCAAUGGUGGAACAGUCAGAAUUCGCCUGGCGCAUGCUUUCUCGCUCCUUCAUGCCCCCGGAUAACAGAAGGGGUUUGCUUGCUUACACGCCCAUGUUCCAUGCCCGCCUCUUCGCCGAUGUUCCCAAAUACCGGGAAUCUUCCUUUCAACCCACAAAGUCUCAGCUACCCGAUCCACCUGUUGGCAUAAGCAAAGAGUCGCUGAAGGAGUAUGAUGCGCAUCUUGAUGGAAAUCCCCAGUUCGACCGUCCGCUCUUUGUACAAUUCUGUGCCAACGACCCAGAGAAACUGCUGGCGGCCGCCAAAUUAGUUCAGCCAUAUUGUGAUGCUGUGGAUCUAAAUCUGGGCUGUCCGCAGGGCAUCGCUCGCAAAGGACAUUAUGGGGCCUUUUUGCAAGAGGAUUGGGACUUGAUAUACAGGCUUAUCAACACACUGCAUAAGGAGCUCGACAUACCCGUAACAGCGAAGAUGCGCAUCCUCGAAACUAAAGAGAAGACCUUAGAAUACGCGAAGAUGAUCCUCUCUGCAGGUGCGAGUCUGAUCACUGUGCAUGGCCGGCAGAGGCAUCAGAAAGGUCACAACACAGGGUUGGCGGAUUGGAGCGUGUUGAAGUACCUGAAAGAGCAAUUGCCGCCUGAGACUGUCAUGUUUGCGAACGGCAAUGUGCUGCAGCAUGAUGAUAUACAGGCCUGUCUUGACGCGACAGGCGUAGACGGUGUUAUGAGUGCAGAAGGGAAUUUGUAUGAUCCUAGCAUUUUCGCGCCGCCGCCAGCAAUCGGGGAAGAAGGGAGAGAAUAUUGGAGGGGAAAAGAUGGCAAGGGUGGAUAUAGGAUGGACGCCGUGAUGAGGAGAUAUCUGGAUAUCAUCUACAAGUAUGUUUUGAAGCAGCCUGCGCCUGAGAGAAAGCCGCUUUUCAUUCCUUCGGAUCCGGUAGACGAGGAUUCAGCGUCCAAGGUGGUCGAAGAGAAAGUUUCGCAAGAGGAAAGCGAGCCACCCAAAAAGAAACGUAAGAAGAGCGAGAAGAAAAACCAGACCUCGGACCCAAACCUGUCGGCCAUGCAACCGCAUUUGUUUUCAAUGCUUAGACCACUCGUCACAAGGCACACACACAUCCGAGAUGCGCUUGCUCGGUCACGAUCCUACGAUAUUGCCUCCUUCGAGCGCGUUCUCACCAUGGUCGAGCAAGUAACCAAGGAAGCUCUCAUUGAGUACGAAAGGACGCCAUCUGAAACCAAUGGGUCAGUUGACGUUCUGCAGGAACCGUCAAAGGACGAUUUUCGCACAAGCUCCAGGGCGGCCAUGCAGCGUUGUAAGCGACCAUGGUGGGUCUGUCAACCUUAUAUCAGGCCGUUGCCUGACGAAGCAUUUGCUAAAGGAGCUAUGCAAGUCAGCAAGAAAGAUAAAAAGAAACAGGAGGAUGCUGCGGCUGCGGCUGAUAAUAGUUUGAACGCUGGGAUUGUUGCUGAUGGAGCAGUCAAAGACAUUUCAAACAGCAUGGAGAACGAAAAACUUGAGAUGCCGCAAGGGGCUGUUGUCUGCGGAUGA